GCGGACGUGAAACCUGUGUCCCACGCUCGGCGGCCAUCUUGUUUUCACGCGCCAUUUUGUUUUACCAAAGCGUCUUUAUCAUGGCGAAGGCAACGGAGCAUGAAGUUAUAAGAGCGGUUCUAGAAAUGUAUAGAAGUAUGCCGUUCCUUUGGAAGAGAGAUGAUGAAGAUUAUUUAAAUAAAGCGGCUAGAGAAGAGGGGUGUAAAGUUUUGCUGGAUAUCUAUCACGAAUGGGACGCAGAUUGUACUAUGCGAGGGCUGAAGAGGAAAAUUGAGAAUUUACGGUCGAAUUAUAUUAAGGAAAGGAAAAAGGUGUUAACAUCCCAGAAAGCUGGUGGUAAAAUAUACGUGCCAAACUUGUGGUAUUACAAUUUACUGACAUUCCUGAAUAGGAGACCCUAUGUCGAUGACGACUCGUCGCAAGACCCUUUAGACAAUGAACAGAAUGAUGAUCAAAAUUCUGACGAAGAAGUACUAACAAAGGCUGAAUCUAACACCCGAAAAAGAAAACUAGAAAGACCGAUAGCAGAACGAAGAUCUCAUCCAUUAGAUGUCGCAAGAAAAUACCUCCCAACUCAGCGUCCUGAAUCCUGGGAGGUCACUUACGGAAAAUCCAUCGGGCAUCAAAUGAAAGAUCUAAAUGGAGACCAGUUGGCGAUCUGUCAGAAAAUUAUAUCGGAUGCCGUAUUUUUUGCUAAACUUAAUAAAUUGAAUGAAAAUUCACACAUAGUGAAUCCUGAUACUCUUGACGAGGAGCCUGAAUAUCUUGAAACGUCGGAAUAAUAAUGUUUUUGUUUUAGUUACUUUUGUGUUCGUAAUAGAGCAUUCCAGAAUUAACUACUUAAAUAUUUUGUACUUUUGGUAAAGCUAAGAAGGCGAUAAUUGGCCUGAUAACAGUGAUAACUUUUGAUACAUACAGACUUCUAAAUAAUGUUAACGUAGUACGCGUUACAUAGAAAAUAAAAAUUGUUACCGAAUCUUUGAUAA